GCUGUAGAACCGGCGCCAAACGGCACCGCCGAGUCAUUUUUCCCGCGUGUGCUCUGCCCGCCAUCUGUUAACUCUGUUCCACUUCCGCCCCUACCCCCAACUCUUCGAACUCGCAUGGCGGCGGCGGAGGCGGGGUCCGUGGCAAGCCAAGCACAGGCCGUGCUCCGAGGCCGGCUCUGCGACCCGGCCUUCGUCUACUUGGCACUCAGAUCCUCUCCGGACACCAACUACAGUAAGUUGAAGUACCUCGUGGCCAGCUCCGUCUCCGAGGCCUGCAACAACUCCGUUCUCCUUCUCGGUCCCCGCGGGUGCGGGAAAGCAGCGGUGGUCGACAUGGUUCUUGAUGAUUUGAAGAAGGAGCACCCUGAUGCGAUCUCCGAAAUCAGGCUAAAUGGGAUGCUACAUAGUGACGACAACUGUGCUAUGAAGGAAAUUGCCAGGCAGCUUUGUUUGGAGCAUCGUUUAUCAUUUUCAAAAAUGGCUUCUUCAGAUGACAACACUGAGUUCAUGAUUGACAUGCUGCGGGAGUGUGGACUAGCUCACAAGACAAUAAUAUUUGUCCUAGAAGAGUUUGACCUCUUUGCUCAGGGUAAGCAGCGGUUACUCUAUAGCUUACUUGAUGCAAUGCAGUCUCUCACAUCACAAGCUGUUGUCAUUGGUGUGAGUUGUCGAUUGGACGCAGAUCAACUCCUAGAAAAAAGGGUUAGGUCCCGGUUCUCUCAUAGGAAGCUUCUAUUUGUUCCUUCUUCACUGGAUGAUAUACAAAGGUUAGUGGAACAUUUGCUAAUAUUGGCCAAAGACUCGGGCUUACCAGCAAAGUAUAUUAUGGAUUAUAACUCAAGGCUUAAUAACAUUUUUACUGAUAAGAAAUUCAAAGGGAUUCUCAACUCCCUCAUGGAUGCUGAUGCAACAACGAGCAACAUUAUAAGAUAUCUUUUCAGAGCUGUGUCAUAUAUGAAUGCGGAAUCUGGAUUUCUGUCAGUGGAAAGCUUCAUGAAUGCGCUUUCCUCCAUGCAGAGGCAACCCAAGAUGGACAGCCUACAAGAUAUCUCGAUUUUGGAACUGUACAUUCUUGUCUGCAUGCACAGACUAGAAGAUAAGGAGCAAAGCUCAUGCAACUUCACCAGCAUAAUGAAAGAAUACAGAUCCAUACAGGACGCAUACAAGACAUCUGAUAAAUAUGCAAGCACUGUGUGUUUUAGGGCCUUUGAGCAUCUUUUGGAUCGCGAGCUGAUUAGUUUUGCCGACAACAAAGGGAGAAAUCAGCCGCUUGAAUACCAGCCUGUCAAGCUUCUGAUAUCUUCUCGCGAGCUCGCUCAGUCCCUUAAGAUGAACACUACCUGCCCUGUGAGUCACUGCCCAUGUGAUUCGACCAGAUCGAUUUCCUUCUGCUAUGGCCUGCUGUGCUCCAGAAGCUGCUUGAUCGUGAAAGAUACAUGUAGAACCUCUUUACACCAGCCUGCACUUCACGGACUCACUGUCGCUGACAAGCUUUCCUGUUUCACUAGUGCUAAUUCGCUGUCAGGUGCAUGCGUAUGGACUCGUCAGGUCGAUCCUUGCUUUCUAUUGUAAAGACAAAUUCUACUUUCGAAAUGAAAAGAGCGUAUGUAUUGUAUGCGUA